GCCUACGCCGUGGCAGAAAACUGGUUCACUCACUGACUCCGAGUGUGUCUGACUGACUACGAAAUCCUUCUACUGCUUUAGCGAGUUGUUAACACUAAUUUAAUGGCGAUGAAACUGGCAUACUGGGACAUUCGUGGGCUUGCCCAGCCAAUCCGCCUUCUUUUGGAGUACACUGGGAUUAAGUACGAGGACAAGUUCUACCAUUGUGGUGAAGCCCCAAAUUAUGACAAAAGUUGUUGGUUUGAUGAAAAACCCAAACUUGUAAUGGACUUUCCGAAUCUGCCUUACCUGGAGGAUGGAGACAGAAAGAUUGUCCAGAGCAAUGCCAUUAUGAGAUACAUUGCACGCAAGCAUAACCUCUGUGGAGAGACAGAAGAUGAGAGGAUUCGGGUGGACAUCUUGGAGAAUCAAUCGAUGGAUUUCCGCAAUGGCUUUGUGAUGAUGUGCUACACUGACUUUGACAAGAUCAAACCAGGGUACAUGGAGAGGCUGCCUGGCACACUGAAGCAGUUCUCAGCCUUUCUGGGGGAUUGGAAGUGGUUUGUCGGUGACAAGAUCACAUUUGUGGACUUCAUCAUGUAUGAGCUGUUGGAUCAGCACCGCAUGCUUGAUCCCAAGUGCCUGGAUGACUUCAAGAAACUCACUGACUUCCUGGACCGUUUUGAGGCUUUGGAAAAGAUUGCUGCCUACAUGAAGUCAAACAGAUUCAUGAAGACUCCUGUCAAUAACAAGAUGGCCAAGUGGGGAAAUAAGAAAGAGUAAAGAACAAUAAAUAUGAAACAAAAUUAGAAAACAUUGGACAUUAACAUUAGAUGCUAAGUGGGACCAUGUUGAAUCAUUUCCUAGUUCUGCUUUAAGUGACAGAAGAAGACAUUUAGAAUGUGGUUUAAAUAGUUGAAAACCAUUAGGUUCUGUGUAUCUCUGUGCAAAUACUGACUGUACCAUCUGUAAUUCAUUUGGUUGUAACAUUUAGGGUAAAGAUUUAUUUCAAUAUGUUCAGUAGACUUGUUUUGGUAGAUCCUUGUUUAGAUUUAUUUUUUAAUAAAGACAAAUCAUUAUUGAUAAAAAA